GGUGGCAACUUCUCCUGCAGCCGGGAGCAGCCUGCCUGCCUCCCCCGCUGCCUCCCUGAGGGCUUCCCUCCGGCCGCCAGCGCCCAUCUUUCUCCAGAGGGAUAUUUUGCGCACACACACAUACACACACGCGCAAAAGGGAAAGGAGGAAAAAAAAAGCCCACCCUCUAGCUUCGUUGCAACAAGAAAGCCGGAGCAGCCGCAGCUCGAAACCCGCAGAGGACGCCCAGAGUGGCGAGCGAGUGGGUAGAUAGACAGACUGACCCGAGCCGCGUCCACCUGUCGGCCCAGACCAACCCAGCGCGCAGUGGGCGCGCCGCGCUCUCGGAGUAGCCGUGCCCGCCGCUUGGGCCCUGCGCCAGGGCGCACACGCUCCCGCCCCGCCACCCGGCCCGGGCGGGAGUUUGCACCUCUCCCUGCCCGGGUGUUCGGGCCGCCGCUGCAAAGCCAACUUUGGAAAAAGUUUUUUUUUUUUGAGACUUGGGCUUGGAGGUCCCCAGCUCUGCGCUUUCUGAUCUGGGGGUCCGUUCCAGAAAAUGUUGCAAAAAAGCUAAGCCAGCAGGCAGAGGAACACGCCUUUAGCGGGCGAGUGAAGACGAACCAUCGGCUGCCGUGUUCCUUUUCCUCUCUGAGGUUGGAGUCCCCUGCGCGCCCCCACACGGCUAGACGCCUUGGCUGGUUCGCGACGCAGCCCCCAGACCGUGGAUGCUCGCGUGGGCUCGGGAUCCGCCCAGGUAGCGGCUUUGGACCCAGGUCCCUUGUCCAGGUCCUCCCCAGCCCCCCAGCGACGGAGCCGGGGCCGGGGGCGGCGGCGCCCAGGGGCCAUGCGGGUGAGCCGCGGCGGCGGCUGCAGCGGCCUGAGCGCCUGAUCGCGGGGGACCCGAGCGGAGCCCACCCUCCUCCCCAGCCCCCCACCCUGGCCGCGGGGGCGGCGCGCUCCGUCUACGCGUCCGGGGCCCCGCGGGGCCGGGCCCGGAGUCGGCAUGAAUCGCUGCUGGGCGCUCUUCCUUCCUCUCUGCUGCUACCUGCGUCUGGUCAGCGCUGAGGGGGAUCCCAUUCCUGAGGAACUGUAUGAAAUGCUGAGCGACCACUCCAUCCGCUCCUUUGAUGAUCUUCAGCGCCUGCUGCUGCACAGAGACUCCGUAGAUGAAGAUGGGGCUGAGCUGGACUUGAACAUGACCCGAGCACACUCCGGAGUCGAGUUGGAAAGCUCAUCUCGAGGGAGGAGGAGCCUAGGGUCCCUGGCAGCAGCAGAGCCUGCCGUAAUUGCCGAGUGCAAGACGCGCACAGAGGUGUUCCAGAUCUCGCGGAACCUCAUCGAUCGCACCAACGCCAACUUCCUGGUGUGGCCACCCUGCGUGGAGGUGCAGCGCUGCUCCGGCUGCUGCAAUAACCGCAAUGUGCAAUGCCGGGCCUCGCAGGUGCAGAUGCGGCCGGUGCAGGUGAGAAAGAUCGAGAUCGUGCGAAAGAAGCCCAUCUUCAAGAAGGCCACAGUGACCUUGGAGGACCACCUCGCCUGCAAGUGUGAGACAGUAGUGACCCCUCGGCCUGUGACUCGAAGUCCUGGGACAUCCAGGGAACAGCGAGCCAAGACGCCUCAAGCUCGGGUGACCAUUCGGACGGUGCGAAUCCGCCGGCCCCCCAAAGGCAAGCACCGAAAGUUUAAGCACACCCAUGACAAGGCGGCCCUGAAGGAGACCCUCGGAGCCUAGGGGCGUCGGCAAGAGUGUGGGCAGGGUUAUUUAAUAUGGUAUUUGCUGUAUUGCCCCCAUGGGGUCCUUGGAGUGAUAAUGUUGUUCCCCUCGUCCGUCUGUCUCGAUGCCUGAUUCGGACGGCCAAUGGUGCUUCCCUCACCCCGCGUGCCCGGCCACCUCCACCAGCAGUGAUCCCUCAGCCUGCCCUGCAGCUCCAGAUGCAAAGGACUCCACUCCAGCCUGCUGGCUUCUCUUGACCACAAGAACCUGGGACAAGUGUGCAGGAGCCUUGCGGAGGACUGUGGACUGUGGACUGGCCCCAGAGCCUGGCACUUAGCCCGAGGACCUCUGCAUGUUCUGCCUGGUUCCUGGACCACUGGCCAGCCAGUAGGGAACACGUUCAGGCAGGCUAGGGUCCCUUGCAGUCCUGUGGCGGGGAGCACAGACUGGAGGAACUCUGAUGGCACCCAGAUCUGCCACACACUCAUCUCUCCCUGUCCCCUCAUCCUACAGUGGCUUUUCAUUUUAUAAGACAUGAACUCCUCUGGGCAGGUGGCCACACGCCUUCUCUGAUGGAUUAGAGAUGCAGUGUGCCUGUGACCUGGGCCUCUUUCCACUUCCCCUACGUUCACUUCCGGUUCAUUUCUCUACCUCCACUCUGUGUCUUCUUCCUCAUGUGCCCUUCAGUCUGCUCCUCCACGGGGUGCUGGGAUCCCGAUUGAGGCCCUGAAUGCCCAUCAUUCCUCCCUAGGGCAGGAGACCUGUCUGUUAUAUUCCACUCCAGCCAAGCAGGGUGAACAAGGUUGUAAUGGGAUGCAUAUCGCACAUGAUGCACUGCGUGUGGAGAUUGCUGUUCACACCCUAAAUAUGGCCAACUUGCAUAUUAUGACGUUCUGGCCAAUGUAGGUCAAACCUCUGAGGAAGGGAACCUUGUUUAAUUCAUACUAAGGCCCUUUGUGGAGUGGCUGUGUGUGCCCUGGCCCAGCCUGAAGCGCAGAAUGAGCCCAUGGUACUGGGGAAGCAACCUUGUUGUCUGUCCAUUGCCUCCACUUCCUGGGUCUCAGCUGUGCCCUUCCUGACAGGUGUGGGACACUAGGAGACCUCCAAGGGAGGAGCAGCCCUCGAUGCACAGGUGUCCCUCUGAUCUUUUGCGGUUCUACCUGAUGGCUCCUUCCAGGAAGCUAGCCAGUAGAUUGGAAGUGGGGGAGAGAGAGCCCUCGGGAGGAUGGAUUGACGUGGCCCGCCUCCCUUCCCACACUUUCCCGUCCCCGUUCCUUCCGCUUCCUUCAGUUUGUAAAGUUGGUGAUUAUAUUUUUGGGGGCUUUCUUUUUAUUUUUUAAAUGUAAAGUUUAUUUAUAUUCCGUAUUUAAAGUUGUAAAAAAAAAAAAGCCACAAAACAAAACCACGUGAA